UUGCCGUUCACAUGCUUACGCCAAAAUCAGCUGUUGUGGGCCACUGCAAAUGCAAUUUGUAACAAUAAACAGAUUAUAAAUAUUCUACAAAAUGUCUGAGGAAAUAGUUUUUGAUUGCUUGCAUGCCGAAAUAGUUAACUACUGCCUGGAUGCCAGUAAGGAUCAACAUGAUUUGGCCACUUUGGAGUACAUUGGCUUCACAACUGGCUAUCGCUUGAUUGAACGUCUUACACGGGAUGGCACGCGCUUCAAGGAUGAACUGGAAACCAUGAAGUUCAUUUGCACAGAUUUUUGGACUCUGAUCUAUAAGAAACAAGUGGACAAUUUACGUACAAACAAUCACGGUAUGUACGUCGUCCAGGACAAGGCAUUCCGUUUCCUUACACGCAUCUCUCCGGGCGCCAAACAACUGGAGCAAGCUCCCAAGUUUGUGGCCUUCACCUGUGGCCUGGUGCGUGGCGCUCUCAGUAAUCUUGGCAUCAACAGCACCGUGACUGCGGAAGUACAGACAAUACCGGCAUGUAGAUUUCACAUAGAGGUCAACAGGAAUUAGGCACAUACUAAUAUUAUUAUUAUUAUUAAAUUACAUAUUAUUCCAAUUUCUUAUAAAUUGCCACAACAUUAUGUUCAGUCCAA